CCCAUUCCAUUGGUUUCCUGUUAUCCUCCCUUUCGCUUUCUUUUCUUAUUUCUGCUCGUUUGGUUCGGUUUAGAUAAAACAAAAAUGUUAAGAAGAGGAGCCAUUGUCUUCGAUUCUCGAACUUGGACUCACUAGCUUUAACAGAAGCAACUAACGCACAGACUGUGAGGGUGGAGGUAAAUGAGCGUUCUCUCAGCCAUGGCUGCACUGAACAGCACCGUGAAGUACGGGAUCGUUGGGGUGGGAAUGAUGGGCAGAGAGCACCUCAUCAAUCUGCACCAUCUUCGCACAGAAGGCGUGGUCGUUGUUGCUAUAGCUGACCCAUAUGUCCCUUCCCAACAGCUUGCCUUAGAAUUAGCACAAUCCUUUGAUUGGCAACUCAAGGCUUUUUCAGGACACCAGGAGCUAUUGGACAGUGGUCUCUGUGAUGUUGUGGUUGUCUCAACUCCAAACAUGACCCACUAUGAAAUCCUUAUGGAUAUCAUCAAUUACCCGAAACCCCAUCAUGUCCUGGUGGAAAAGCCAUUGUGCACUACAGUUGCUCACUGCAAAGAGGUUCUAAAUGCUGCUAGAAAGAGGCAGGAUAUGCUUGUACAAGUUGGUCUGGAAUACAGAUACAUGCCACCUGUUGCUAAACUGAUAGAAAUAGUUAAGGGCGGAAAUCUUGGACCCGUGAAGAUGGUGGCAAUCCGUGAACAUCGCUUUCCUUUUCUGGUUAAGGUCAACAAUUGGAACCGAUUCAAUGCUAACUCGGGGGGAACACUGGUAGAGAAGUGCUGCCACUUCUUUGAUCUGAUGAGGUUGUUUGCAGGGGCAAAUCCUGUCCGUGUAAUGGCUUCUGGAGCCAUUGAUGUUAAUCACAAGGAUGAAAUCUAUGAUGGAAAGGUACCAGAUAUUAUUGAUAAUGCAUAUGUUAUUGUUGAAUUUGACAAUGGUUCUCGAGGGAUGCUUGACCUUUGCAUGUUUGCUGAAGGCAGUAAAAAUGAGCAAGAAAUAUCUGUUGUUGGUGAAAUUGGAAAGGGGGAGGCCUUUGUUCCUGAGAGUAUAGUGCGUUUUGGUAGCCGAGUGGCAGGGAGAGAUGGUGUCCAAACUUCAAAAGCUGAGGAUAAGCGAAUAAAGUACGAUGGGCUGCAUCAUGGGUCGAGCUACUUGGAACACCUUAACUUCUUGUCUGCAAUCCGAGCUAAAGGCCAGCAAGCUCCUGCCGUGGGUCUGCAAGAUGGUUUGAUUUCAGUUGCUAUAGGAGUUGCAGCACAGCUCUCCAUAGAGAAGGGCAGAUUUGUUAUGAUUGAGGAAGUCAUGGAUGAACACAAAUGCGAUUGAAGAAGUAUCUCCAUGAUGGGAAAUUCUCUUCCAUGUAUUCAAAUAAUACAACGAAUGUUUGACAUGCCAAUAAUAAAAUGUUGCCAUUCAAGUGGGAACCACUUUUAAGAGCAUAUCCAGCAGCUUAGCUAAAAGACCAAUAUUAGUUAUAUUUAGUUAUUAUUACUCUUGUUUUAGCUCCAACAGGGUAGUUUGUCAUUAGUUAGAAUAAGUACAUUGCUACAGUGAAUAGCAAUUUAGAGCUAUUCAUUUUAGCACACUAGAUAAAUAAAAUAUUGUUUAUUUUUCUUUUUUUUUA